AUGUACAAAGACCCACUGACACCAUCCCCGGCAGCACCUCAAGAUCUCCGACAUAUCGUUGUCUCCGGACCUUCAGGUGUCGGCAAAGGCACACUGAUCCAAAAGCUUUUAGACGCGCACCCUAAUACAUUUGGCCUCGCCGUGUCCCAUACGACACGAAAACCGCGACCGGGCGAAGUCCAUGGCGUCGCUUACUUCUUCGUCUCCCCCUCUGAAUUUUCCUCUCUUCUAUCCCAAGGUGAAUUCGUGGAAUACGCAUGUUUCAAUGGCAAAUACUACGGCACGAGCAAACAAACAAUUGACGAGCAGGCUAGCAAAGGAUUAGUUGUGAUGCUGGAUAUCGAGGUAGAGGGUGUUAAGCAGAUGAAGGAAAACCCUAGCAUAGAAGCGCGGUAUAUUUUUAUCAAGCCACCAAGUCUUGAAGUUCUCGAGGCGCGUCUUAGAGGCCGGGGCACGGAGAACGAGGAGGAUAUUCAGAGAAGGCUCGCGCGGGCUAAAGUGGAACUUGAAUAUGCCGACUCUCAGAGCAAUGAUAAGAUCAUUGUCAAUGACAAUAUCGAAAAGGCGUACCAUGAGCUUGAUGCGUUUGUAUUUGGGCCAGUGUAA